CAACGAUUUUAUUUUUAUCAAUGUCCUCCUUCUCGUCUUGAUUUUCAUUCGCGCUGUUGAUUUAAGUUUUGUUUGUGUACAAUAUAUGAUAAAUAAGAUUAAUUUGCAAUCAAACAAUACGUUGCCGAAAACCUAUAUUCUAAAUAAAAUAUUAGAUAAUUGAGAUAAUCAUAUUUAAAGAAUAAAAACGAAAUAAAGUGCCUAACAUUAAAGUCGUUUGUAGUUUUUUAGCAGUAUUGCAAUUCAAUAUUUUGGUCUAGUGCACAGUGUUUACGCGGUUAUUGCAAUGGUCCGAGCCGUUUUCUAGCAUUGUCCAGUACAUCACAGUAAUUUGCAUGAGGUCACGGCAGUGGGGUGGUGUCCGCAUGGAAGCCCGGCGGACUGGUGAUCACGCGCUGCACACGCUGCGAGCGCAGUUCCGCCGCGCCCUGCCGGAAUGGACCGCGCGUGCCUCCCGCCACCGCCGGACUGCGCGAACUAUCGGCCGAUCCAAGGAGGACCCCGCGAAACCCCUGAUACCCCAGCCCCGUCCGCGGAGGCCUUAAACGACCCAGAGACUCCGCGGCCCGCGCCGCGCGCGCUUCCCUCUAUUCCCGAGAGCGAACCUCUCCUCCGCGACCCGCUCAGUGUCAGUGCUAUCAGUGAUAAUGUUUCGCGGAAAACGAACGGUCGUGCCCUUCAUGUGCAGUUUGAUGCGCAGUCGCCUCCGGCGCCCGUAUCCGUCUCCAGCUCUAGUUCGAGUUCUUCCGACGACGAGGAUGUGUCGAUUGCGGAAGCUCGGCCCCCGGACGGUGGAUGGGGUUGGGUAGUUGUAUUCGCUUCCUUCAUGGUGAACCUCAUCGCCGACGGAAUUACCUUUAGUUUCGGCGUCUUCUUCCCUCAUUUCCUCGAGUAUUUCGGCGAGGGAAAAGGAAAGACGGCAUGGAUCGCGGGGAUAUUCAUGGCAAUGCCCCUUCUCUCUGGCCCAAUUGCCAGUUUUUUAACGGAUAGGUAUGGAUGUCGACGCAUGACCAUAUUUGGCUCUAUUCUGGCGACCAUCGGAUUUGUUAUUUCCGCAUUUGUAGACAAUAUGGAGACUCUAUUUUUGACAUUCGGCAUUAUGGCCGGCUUUGGUUUGAGCUUGUGUUAUGUAGCGGCAGUAGUCAUAGUUGCUUAUUAUUUUGAAAAGAAACGUUCCCUUGCUACUGGAAUUUCUGUCUGUGGGAGUGGUAUUGGAACUUUCAUAUUUGCUCCACUGACAAAUCUCUUACUGGACGAGUACGGUUGGCGUGGAACCACACUAAUAUUAGCGGGACUAUUCCUAAAUAUUGCUGUUUGUGGAAUGCUCUUUAGAGAUUUACCAUGGACAACUACGAUGAACGAGGAGAAAGCUAAAGAAAGGAAACGUAGACGAGAAAGAAAACGACAUAAGCGAUACGGCUCUUCUGUUGAUAGCUUCUCAGAUAGUAAGAGCAGUGCAGCUGGUUCGACUAAAGUUGAUAAAGUGGAUGUUGAAGCCGUAGUGUCACCAAUUGUUCCUCAAUUUAGCUCUUUAGUAGACUUACCAACUUUCAUGACUGGUGGUGAAGGCAUUUCGCUUGAGGUGUUCGAGUUGAUGUCAAAUAAAGGUCGAGCAUAUGCGAUACUGGCUCAGAAUUAUCCUGGUGUAAUGUUGCCAUCUAGAAGCUUCAGCGACAGUGGAAGACUUCAUGAGCAGUCCCCACCUAGAGCUUUAAUGUCUCCUACCACACCUGGGGCUAUGUCACCCACAGCUACACGAGCUCCAGAAAGCAAUAACACAUCAGCCCCUCUGAACGAUAAAGCGGCUAUAUCGCUCUGGUUGAGACGACAAGGAGCGACGGGUGCUUCUGUUUCCAAGAAACCUCCGGCAUUUCUUAAAGAUCUAAGGGUACAUAGACAUUCCCUUACCUACAGAGGUGCUAUGUUGAAUAUCAACAGAUACAGGCUUCGAGCUUCUUCUUGUCCCAACAUCUUCAGGAACUCAAUGACCACCAUUGCUAAAGAAAAGGUUCAAUGGUACGCAGGUCUCUGGGACUUUUGGGAUCUAGUCGUGGACGUGCUGGAUUUCUCCCACUUCCUCAAUCCAGCGUUCCUGGUGUUCUCCCUGUCUAACUUCCUGCUGUACAUGUGGUACGACGUGCCGUACGUGUAUCUGACGCAUAAUGCAAUGUCGAUAGGAUACACCGAGUCGCAGUCGUCGAUGCUGAUCUCGAUUAUUGGGAUAUUGAACAUGUUUGGUGAGAUAUUGCUGGGCUGGGUGGGUGACUUCGAGCGUGUGAACGCAAGCCUGGUGUACGCAGCUUGCAUGGUCCUGUGCGGACUGGUGACGCUGCUGAUGCCGCUGCUGCAGACGUACGCGACCCUCGGAGCCGCCUCCGGGGCCUUCGGGGCGUUCAUAGCGGCGAACUACUCCCUCACCAGCAUCAUACUGGUGGAGCAGAUCACGUUGGAGAAGUUCACCAAUGCGUAUGGACUGUUACUGCUGAUACAGGGUGUGGCUAACUUGAUUGGACCGCCUUUGGCAGGCUGGAUCUACGACAUAACUGGUUCGUACGACCUCUCGUUCUACAUGGCCGGCGUGUUCAUCGGCCUAUCAGGCGUCAUACUGGUGAUACUGCCGCUCUACAACUGUACCAGGAAACAGAAACAAGACCAGACCGACGAGCCGCGGAUAGGGAAUGGUGAUGUGAAACAGAAUGGCAAGCUUUUGGUGUAAGCAAUUAUUUUUUAAUUUGAAAUUUUACGGCCUUGG